AUGAAAAAGCGGGAGACUAACUACCGAUCUAGAGGCCAAUUAAAGGAGAGAGAAGGUUUAGGUGCUUUAGAGAAGAAGAAACACUUUUUGGCAAGAAGUAAACAGAAGAGAGAUAGGGAAGAAAAAAUUCAAAAAAUAAAGAAGCUCGCUGAUCUAAGCAAUCCAGACGAGUUUCGCUUCUUUAUGCAUACUUAUCAGCGGAAAGGGAGUAGGUUAGUGCCUAAAAUGGGUUUGAGUGUGAUAGAGGAGGGUUUAGAUAAGGAUAAUUUUGAUUUAGAUAAGGAUGGGUUUAGUUUAGAUACGAGUGAAAGUAAAAAGAAAAGCGAGCGGAUUGUCUUUUUAGAUAAGAGUGAUAGUGAAGAGAAAGAAAACAUAGUUAGUUAG